AUGACUUCCGAAAGAGACAGAAGCAAGUUUGCUGCUCCAGUCUGCAGUCCCUUCAACCUCUGCUCUCUGCUUCUUGUACUACUUAUUGCUCCAAUGAGUGACUGCAAAACAGCCAAGUAUUCCACCUACGAGGAAGAGUUGCCCGGCACCGUGAUCGGAAACCUGGUCGCAGAUUUACAGCUAAACGCGGCGGCUGGCGGCCCGAGCGGUUUCCGAUUGAUGCAAAAGUCAAACUGGUCCCUGGUCCAAGUUGGGGAAAGUGACGGGGAGUUGACGGUCGGGGAGCGCAUUGAUCGAGAGCAGCUCUGCCAGGGGGAAGAGCCCUGUCUGCUCGUCUUCGACGUGGUGAACUUCUCCCGGGAGAAGUUCCUCCUGAUUCAUGUGGAGAUCGAAGUGAAGGACAUCAACGACAACGGCCCCCAGUUCGCCAAGCCGGAGAUGUCAGUGGAAAUCUCCGAGAGCUCGGCGCUGGGGACCCGGCUCCCCUUGGAACCGGCGCUCGAUGCCGACGUCGGCGCCAACUAUCUGCAAAACUACCAACUGUCGGCGAACAGUCACUUCGAGCUGGAGGUGCAGAGCAGGGCGGACGGGGUGAAAUGUGCCCAGCUGGUGCUGGUCCAGGAGCUGGACCGGGAGACGGCAGCUCAGUUCAGCCUGGAGCUGAGAGCCCAGGAUGGAGGGAGACCACCCCGGACAGGGACAGCCCAGCUCCAGGUCAGGGUCCUGGACUCGAACGACAACAGGCCGGCCUUCGAGCAGAGCUCCUUCCUGGUGGAGCUGGAUGAAGAUGCGCCGCUGGGCUCCGUGCUGCUGGAGCUGGAGGCCGUGGACCCGGACGAAGGCCUCAACGGGGAGGUGGUUUACGGCUUCGGCCCCGCGGUGCCCGCCGACGUGCGGCGCCUCUUCCGCCUGGACGCGCAGUCCGGCCGCUUGACCCUGGAAGGGCCGCUCGACCACGAGAGCAGGCCGAGCUUCGAGCUGGACGUGGAGGCUCAGGACCUGGGGGCAAACCCGGCUCGGAGCGGCUGCAAGGUCACCGUCCGCGUCCUCGACAUCAACGACAACGCGCCCGAGAUCAGCAUCACCCCGAUGGCCUCCAGCAGCUCCGGCCUCGCCUACAUCACCGAGGCGGCGGCCAAGGGCAGCUUCGUGGCGCUGGUCAGCACCUCGGACCGGGACUCGGGCCACAAUGGCCGGGUCUCCUGCACUCUGUACGGACACCAACAUUUCCAGCUGCGGCCGGCCUACGGCAGCUCCCACAUGAUCGUGACGGCGGCGGCGCUGGACCGCGAGCGGGAGGCCGAAUACAACCUGACGGUAGUGGCUGAGGAUCAGGGCCCGGCCCCGCACAAAACCAUCCGGCCCUACACCAUCCGGGUGGGCGACGAGAACGACAACGCGCCCUCCUUCUCCCGCAGCGUCUACCGGGUGUCGCUGCUGGAGAACAACCAGCCCGGGGCCUACAUCACCACCGUCCUCGCCCGCGACCCCGACCUGGGCCUCAACGGCCGGCUCACCUACCGCCUGCUGGAGCCGGCCUCCGCCCGCCUGGCCACCGUCGACCCGGCCACCGGAGCCAUCUACGCCCUCCGCUCCUUCGACCGCGAGUCGCUGCGGGAGGCCGAGCUACGGCUCCAGGCGACCGAUGGCGGCUCCCCGCCGCUCAGCAGCUCGACCACCGUCAGCCUGAGGAUCGCCGAUCGCAACGACAACGCGCCGCUAGUCACCCAGCCGCUGCAUAGCAACGGCUCGGCCGCCGACGUCAUCACGCUGCCGGGCCACGCGCCCUCCGGUUACCUAGCAACGCGCGUACGGGCCCGGGACGCUGACGAAGGCCUGAACGCGAAGUUGAGCUACCGGAUCGUGAGCGGGGAGCAGGCCGGACUCUUCACCAUCCGCACGGACACCGGAGAAAUAUACCUCGGCCGCCCGCUCACACCCGCCACCGGGCCCCUGCGGCUCAUCGUGGCCGUUAGUGACAGCGGCCGCGCCCCGCUGUCCGCCACCGUCACCCUCAGCUUCACGGCGGCGGCGGUGGCUGCCGUGCCUCCCGGAGGAGGCGGGUCGCUGGUCCCGGGGAAGCGGAGCUGGGACACGUCCUUCAUCAUCAUCGUGGUGCUGGCGGGCGGCUGCGUCGCCUUGUUGAUGGCCAUCAUCACCAUCGCCACCGCCUGCGGCAAAGGCAAGGAGCCGGGCAGCUGGGUGAAAGCCUCGGCAUCGGCGGCCAGAGGGAACCGGGACGGCUUCCCAGCCAGUCUCGGUGUCCAGCGGUAUCCUGGCGGCGUCUCCACCAUGUGUGGCUCGGAGGAUAAGGAAUGUGCUGGAGCGGCGGCCUCGGAAACUGGCGGAGAGACAGCGGGUGUUUACCUGUCAGGAGAGAGCCGCAGAGCAGCAAAGCCGGAGUGUUUCCCCACUGUCUCUGGUUUCGGUAAUCAAACUCCUCACCCAAUCGCAAUCUGGCAAGGCAAACAAUUUGCGUUAAAUAAAAGCGAACUUGCACAUCAAACUCAGGAGAGAUUCAGCGGGAAGGACAGUGGGAAAGGCGACAGUGACUUUAAUGAUAGUGACUCCGAUAUCAGUGGUAUUGGCCUGAACAAAAGGAGUGCCCUCAGUCAAAAGCACAAUGGUUUAUGGUCCUGCACCAGCGAGUGCAAGAUCCUUGGCCAUUCAGAUCGCUGCUGGUAUCCAUCUUCUCGAGGGCCAAGUACUUAUUCUUCCACAAGUACUUCUCAGCACCUUACUACUUUGGGGAAAAGCACUUCACUCCCCCGAGAUCUACUCCGGAAAGAUACAUACUAUCAAGCACUUUUACCGAAAACAGCAGGCCUGCAAAGUGUAUAUCAGAAAAUUGCAUGUAACUAACCUGAAACUAUAACUCUUGUUAUUGUACCACAGUAUCAUUCUGUGGGAUCCACAGGCCACACCCUGCCAAGUAAUAACUCACUGAUCAAUGUAUCCAGCAAACAUUCUCAAAUCUGAGCAGAUAACCAUAAUAGGUUUACUGAUUUUUUUAGUGCUGAAAUAGUGCAAUUUGUUCAUUCUGUAUAUAAUAGCAACGGUUUAUUUUUAUAUUAAAUGCCAUGUGAAGUCUAAUUGAUUCUACAUGAAAAUCUCUUUUUCAAGUAAAAUGUAUAGCUACAGAAUGUGUAAAUAUCAAAUAAGGCAACAUUAAAAAUUGGAAUUUUUCUCUACUGUAAUUGGUAAUACAGGUUUAAUUUUAUUAAUGUGUUCUAUUUUCUAUUAAUUUAGUGUAUAAUUUAAUGAUUUGUAAGUAAAGGCAUGAAAAUAUGUAAAUAAAACUUGUGUUUUUUAUAAACAUAUAUAUAUAUAUAUAUAUAUGUUCCAC